CAGGCUGUCUCUCGGUGAAAAUAAUGCUUGUUGUAAACGACAGUUCAUCACGAAAAAUCACUAUUUAGCCUCAUUUAUUCUGUGGAAAAAGCUUCCAGAAAGGACAUUUUUCCGUUCUGACAUUAUUACUAUGUUGAUAGUAUGAAGGCGCUAUGAGAGUUCAACAGAGGUUCUUCGCUGCGUGUCUGUGCUGUCUUCUUCGAUUUGUCGUUGUAUAUUCCAACAAUGAAGAAGAAACACAGAGUCAAGUCCAGCACUGCCAACAGUACUCUGAUGCCGACCCAUCAAUCAAUGGUACAAAAGUCUGUGAAAAAGGCGAAAACUCAUGUUUUGCGCUKUGGUCAACAAGAAARCUACAAGACAACACCACCAUAGGCAUUGUGAUAAGAAAAGGAUGUUUUAGAAUCUCUUUUGACAGGCCUGAAAUAGAACAUCCAUGUGGAGCUGAUUGCAUACAAAGACCUGAUUUUGAUGCUAUGAAAAAACAGAAAAAUGUAUCAGGGUUUUGUUGUUGUAAUCGAGACAACUGUAAUAAAAACUUCACUAUGGUUGAAUAUGAAAUUACAACAGAGAGUCCCUCUAAUGUAACAGGCUAUGCGAAAGCUGAAGGAAAUAGAAUUGCAAUCAUACUAAGCUGCAUUGUUGGAGCAGUAACCAUAUUGUCAAUAAUGGUAUUUGGAUACAUAGUCAUACGCAGAAAGGCAUCUAAUAAUCUGCGUGCUUAUGGCAAGGCUGACAUGGAAGAAAAAGAACCACAAAAAUGUACUGUAGAUUUAAGUCAGUUGAUACUUUUAAAACGGAUUGGACAAGGAAGRUAUGGGACUGUUUGGAAGGCCAGUCUACAUGAAAAAAUUGUUGCAGUCAAAGUUUUUUCUCCAGAAAAUAGACUGUUCUGGCAAGCAGAGCUUGAUUUCUACAGAAGUUUGGAUUUGAAAAGUAGUCUGUACAUUCUGAAGUUUAUUGAUGCAUGUGAACAGCCAACUGAUAACUUCCCCAACUUCCUUCUUCUGACUGAGUACCACUCUCAAGGAUCACUGCGUGAUUACUUACAUCGUACUGUGAUCAGUUGGAAAGAAAUGUGUUCAUUAGGGUAUACCAUGGCAUCUGGUCUGGCCUUCAUUCAUCAGGAACAAGGAUCAAGGCCAGCGUUUGCACAUCGUGAUUUCAAUAGCAAGAACAUUUUAGUGAAAAUGGAUGGUACGUGUGCUUURGCAGAUUUUGGUUUUGCAAUGAAGGUACCAGAYGCAACCAAACCUGCAGAYGAUGGAACUCUUAUUACCGAAGUUGGAACUAUGAGGUACAUGGCYCCUGAGGUUCUUGAUGGUGCAGUAAAUCUUCAGGACAUMAAGGGUGCAUUAAARCAAAUUGACAUCUAUGCUAUGGCAUUAGUCCUGUGGGAGGUUGCAAUGCGCUGUGAGGACAUAUUUGGAAAAGGCAAAGUACCAGAAUAUAAAUUGCCAUUUGAGGCUGAAUUAGGAUCCAUGAUAACAUCAGAAGCCAUGCAUACAUUUGUUGUAUUCAAAAAAGCAAGACCAGGAUUUCCAGAUGCCUGGAAAAAUAACCACCCUGGUAUAAGAGCACUCAAAGAGACUAUCGAAGAUUGUUGGGAUCAGGAUGCUGAUGCCAGGCUUCUAGCCCUCUGUGUUGAGGACAGAAUAGCAGACCUUUGCAAUAAUUGUCCAGGCUCGUGCCCUGACAACCUCUCAGUGGGUAAUGUCCAGGAUUUCCAGCACAAUUUCAUGGUAGAUACACCUGAAACCCAACUUAUAGAUAAAAACACCAUGAUUGUCACCAUCGACAAGGACAAAGAUCAUGAUGCAACUGUUGUGUAGGUUGAUAAUUKGUUAAUGUAAAAAGUGUUGCAUGUACACUACACAGUGGUGGUACAAUGCAAGUGAUGCUAAUAAUAUGCACUUUUGUCGAUAAGACWCCUUAUCGGUUAUCAAGGCAAACUUUUAUGUAAUAUAUUAAAUAUGAGCUGGAGACCUUUAUGGGCAUUUAAAACUGAAGAAAAUCGAAAWUAAAUUCAUAUG